UUUGACACGGAAAAACCGUGAACCAGUGAACAGCAAGAAGACAACAGAUCGCAAGCAAAAUUGAGCCAGAAAAGGACCUUACAAAAUCUAGAAGAAAAAAUGGAUCCCAGUAAGUCUUCAAAUGUGCCUCUAUCCGACUGGAAUUCGUCAGAGAAGCAGCCUGCACCACCACCAUACCACUGACAACCCAGGAUACCCUAACCCUGGAUAUCCUCCCCCAGCGGGUUAUCCGAGCCCUUCUGGAUAUCCUGCUCAACAAUACGGAGCUCCUGCCCAGCAAUACGGACCUCCAGGUGGUCAGCCAUAUGGACAGGCCCCUUAUCCAGGGCAGGCCCCUUAUCCAGGACAGCCUCCGAUCACUGUACAGCCGACUGUUUAUGUGGUGCCCACUCCUCUGACCAGUCCUUUGCCAGAUUACCUGGGUUACUCCAUUUUUACCAUGCUUUGCUGCUGUUUACCUUUAGGCAUUGCUGCUUUGGUUUACUCCAUCUCUACUCGAAAUGCAAACAUGUCUGGACAUCAACAAAUAGCAGAGAAAAACUCCAGAAUGGCGCGCAUCCUUAACCACUCUGCUCUUGGUAUCGGCCUCACCUUCUUGGUGUUGUACAUCAUCUACAUCAUCGUCAUGGUAGUCUAUGUUCAAAAACUUAGACCAUAGAGGGCCACAAUGUGAGAUUUCCAAAUAUUAAUACCACAUACAAUGUUACAAAUAUAAUUUUAUAUACACGUUUGAUAUUCUGCCUUUAAAUGUGUAAUGUAUACAGCUUUUUUACGCUUAACAUUAAUUGGUUCAGUUGAUGGGGCAUUAAGGAAUGAUUUAGCAUGUUUAUUGACUGACCAAUUUAUGUCCAGGCUUUUAUUAUCCACUGAAUUUAAACAAAUGCUUUGACUGUUUCUUGCAUUUUAACAUAAUAUAAGCUUUGUGGUAAAAGUAUCAUAACAGAGACAUUUGUUGUUUUUAAAUACAUAAAACUUCAGGUGACCAAAAUGUAAAUGCAUUUGCCAUUCACAGUACAUUCUCACUGAAUAUAACCACAUAGCUGGUUUAUUUUAUAGUCUCCUGUUAUACUGUCCUGUCCAAAAAAAUAUAUCCUAGAAUUCUGUAUAGAUCAAUUCAUAUAUUCAUAUCUGGGAUCAUCUUCAUAAUGUCCUUUAAAGAAAAUAAAAAUAUAUAUGGAAAUCGUCA